AUUUGUGGUACCGUAAACCCAUUUGCUUGUCCACGGCUCAACGAACGCUUCCAACGGCUCAACGAUGUUCACGUUCAGGGAAAGAAGGACAUCUUUCGACCAGCCAUAAAAUAGUCGAGCACGACCAACUUAACACACCUUCAAAGUCACCCGAGCCCAAUUUUCCCGGACCAUCGCCUACUUGUGUUCCUAAUCAUCAUGUCUGCCAGUGAGGUGCUUCCAGAUCAAAUCAAGUUGGGAGAGGGUCAUACCAUGACUUUCCUUCGUAACGAGCCAUUCCUCACGCGCGUACAUGUAGCUGCUGAUGCAGAGGCCUUUGCUGUUCCCCCGCACUGGCAUGAGACACACGCUGAGAUCUUCAGAGUCAUCAAAGGCCAGGUCGAGUACACUAUAGGCAACGUCACCAAAGUCUACACCCCAAGUGACGGCGAAGUCCUCGUUCCCAGGAAGAAAACGCAUGCGUUCACGACGUUCAAAGGCGUCGAAACUAUCUUUGAGGAGCGCACGACGCCAAAGGACGAUGAUAAGGAGCUCUUCUUCCGAAACGCAUUCGCCGAUGGUUUCCCUAAGAAUCCCUUCAACGUGUUUCCCGCGUUCUACCACGGGGACGCCUUCUUUGCACUGCCAGGUGAUUUCAGGUGGCUCGAGAAGUUUCUCCUGUUCAUAUUUGGAGGGAUUAUUGGUCCUUUGUUGGGCUAUCGCACGAAGUACGAUUCUUUGAAAAAAGUGUAACUUUCUGGUUUUGGUGUUAUCGUCCAUGCUGUCAUGUCGUUCGUGUCGUUUAUAAUCGUUGUGGUGUUUGUUAUUUUAUCCAUUGCAUGUGGUUUCUCAAUUGUGCCCUCACAUUAAGGCCAGGCAUGGAUACAAGGCAUCGCAGCAUCAUCACAGUCCUCCUUAUGCCUACCCUCCUUCGUCUUAAUCUUCCCAAACCGCACUUGAGGAUCAUUAAGCGCGGCAACAAG